AUGCAGCACGUUAUUGUCAUUUUGUGUAUUUUUAUACAUGUCAUAGAAACUAAAUAUUACGGGACAGUCGGAUUGAAAGGCUGCCUAUCUUAUAAUGGAACUUGUGUAUCAGAAUGUCCCGAAAAUAUGCAUCGUUUAAACAGCGAGUGUCGUCCGACUCCGUCGCAACGCACUUGCGACGAACCAGUCGCAAUAUCCAUGGGCAUAAUUUGCGAUUGGUCGAGGUGCGACUGCGAUUUCCCUUUCGUGUUACACCUAGCUUCGGGGUACACUGGACAUUGUCCGAUGCUGAAGUUCCGCUUCGGAAAAUGCUACGGAGAUAACACACGACAAAUACUAAAAGAAAUACGAACAAAAGGACUAUUCAAUAAACCUCUUGAAUACCGCCCACGUGACAACUACGAACUCGAACGCCUUCCUCGCCACGACCAACCACAAAGGGACGUUUACGACGGUAUUCGAAACAGACCAACAGCUCACAUGACUGGAUAUACAGGUUAUGUACCUGGGAUGAACUUUAGUUACGGCAAAUCAUACGGACGAACAGCAGAUGACUGUAUGGCUAAUUUCUCUGAAAGGCAACGUGAACUAAGACGUAAGGCGGAUUUCAACAAAAGUUACGUGAGAUCUCGAAGUGCGCCAAAAAUGGAAACAAUACAUUCGAGGGAUGAAAUUCGAAGAGAUCUCAGUCGAUUUAGGGAAAUAAACAAAUAUAAAGAAAACACAAUAUCGCCAGAAUUUCCGCCGAUUGCGGGCUACACUGGUCACAUACCACGCAUCAAAGGUUCAGAAGCGUCGCUCAGUCAAAGAUAUCACUGUGCAGCUAAGCGUGGUUUAGAAUUAAUAAAGAUUGAAAAAGAGAAGCGAAAAGAGCUUCAAAAUGCUAACGCAAACGUCAAGGCCAUACUGAAACGAGAUGAUAAAAAAUACUCCUAUUGGAACUGGGGAUAG